AUGGCCAUAGAGAAAUUAGCGAUGUGCCGAGUCGUUGUUUUAGUGGAUCGAGUCGAUUCGAACUCGAGUCAGUUGGACUCGCAUAAUAGAAUCGAGUUAACGAGUACAAAAUCGAUUCUUCCUGACUCGAGUAUCGAAGUCGAGUCCAGCGUAUUCGAAUCAAAAUUAACUGGUAUUCGAGUACGCGAGUCCAAAGCAGGAAUCGAGUCUGACUCGAGUCAAACCGUACUCGGCACAUCGCUAAGAGAAAUCUUGUAUAUUGGAGUAAAAGUGUUCUGUGGAGAAAUGAAGAAGUAUGCACGGAAUUAUUUAUAUGAUAAACUUCACAGAGGUGGUGUAUUAAUUUGUAUUGGCUUGACAUUAUAUGGAUCCGUGCUUUUAGGUGAUCACUUUUAUAAGUAUUUCAAAUACGUUCGGCCUCAGAUAGAGGCGUCUAAAGCGGCAGCUGAACAAGAACUGUUAGCCGAAGGUUCAUCAGAUAAAUUAUUGUUAAAAGAUUAGUUUAAUGUAACUUAAAAGACUUUGUUUUUAACUGUAAGAUUAAGAAUUUAUUCAAUACAGUCAUAUAAUAUUCACAGCCACUGCAAGCCAACUUCUAGCAGUUUUUUUUCUAUAUAAAUCGAAUGUUAGAGCAAAAUUGAAAAGUUGUUGAUUUGUGACCAAUAUCAAGAGAUAGAUUAGUAUGUAUAUUUGAUAUAGUUAGUGUAAAUAAAAUUAUUUAAAUUCUUUAUAUUUGUAAUUAUUAUUGAUAAUCUUACUAGUCAUAAUAAGUGGACUCUUACAUAUAAAUGGAAUAGAGUUUAAAUUUAAUAUAGUCAAAUAUCUUAUCUUUUUUAGCUUAAAUAGCUUAUCUUUUUCUCUGUUCUAGUAAUAUGUAGUUGAAUUUAAUGUUUUGGUCUUUGACAGUUAAAUAUGGUACUAUCUUUUCUCAAUUCAAAAUAAAGUCAAUUUAUUGUUUGAAUACUUUUAUGUCUUGACACUUAGAUAAUCUAAGUUCCACUUAGAUAAUCUAGUUUAAGUAAGUUUAUCUAAUCACAUCAUGCAUGUAAUCAAAGAAAUAUACUCCUGUCUGCUAUAAUAUUGAUUUUAGUAAAUUUAAUUCUUUUAUCUUAGUUAUUUGCAGAAUUCAAAAUGUAGUUUUAUAGGACUCAAACUAAAGUUUUUAAUGUUGUAGAAAUAUGAUAGUCACAAUGUUUUAUAUAGAUACUUAUGCAGCAUUUAUAUUUUGUUUUCUGAAGUAGAAGUCCAAAUAUUUUUAUUGCGAUUAAUUUCGAACAGUUGAUUCAAGACCUAUUGUGAUGAUUAUUCAUCACUUUAGAUUAAAUUUCAACACAAAUAAUGUAUUGAAAAAUCACUAUGUGAUGCAUAUUCACUAUUGUAAUAAAAAAAUAAUAAGAGCAAUAUUUUAAGGUUAAAAUAUUUGAUAAGCUUAGCGGCCAGUGUUGGCACAGCGAUUCCAGCUUUCCAAAUAUAUUAAGGUACUCUGUGAAUUAAGCCAAAAUUAGCCGACUGCGGCGCAAAAUCAGAAAAGCACUAGUAGCACUACGGAUCGCAGGCCAAAUGCAUCCCUAGUUUGACCAGACUGUUAAGAUGAGGUUUUAUAAGGGUAGACCCGGUGGGCUCCUUGCCGGAUCUCAAGUCCUUCUCCCCUCAGAGAGUACUCGUAGUUUCAGUAUGGGUGUGUUGUAGGAAGUCCUUGUUUAAGGCUUAAGGUUGCAUUAUAAAGGGUCCUUGACUAUGUAACAUAAAAUAUUUUGAAUAUUUAAUAGGAGGGGCUUGACUUCGAUUGACCUUAUUUUUUUGUUAACACAGGGGAAAUGCACCUUGAGCCUUAAAUCAGGGCUCCUCUUCCUUCCCUUAAAAGGGUAGGUUAGUGAGGGAAGCCGUACCUGGUAAAACCCGCUGCGGUUCACUUCAUGCGGAUGGAUGGGUCCGGUAUCCAGCAAGGAGGGCCCGGACCCAAUCCGCGCUGGAACUUCUCUGGGGGAGAGAGAAGUCGCCCUCUGCGGGAAGGAAAAGACAGCCUUUCCCAGAUGGUGGACCGUGCCUGCGAGCUAAUACGGGGUGGGGUGUGAGUCCUGUCUCGUCGAUCCACAGAGGGGUGGGAUGCGUUAAUACGCGAUCCCACGUCCGAGGCACGGGGCGCGGACCCGCCGCCGCCAUGCUCGUCUGAGCGAGAAUCAUCUUGGUCCACGGAAUCGCCUUGCUUAGUAUCGUCGCUCAACAGUCAUUCCUCGAAGGAGGGGUGAAGAGAACACCGGUACCAGCGGGUGAGGAAUUUAGACCGGCGGACCCCACAAAGGGCGACUGCGUGCCCGCAAUCUAGCCCUUCGCUGGGCCCGCCGACCGGCACCGUCACCAGCGGUUUCGCGGAGAAAGAUUGGCCAAUCAGGUUGAGAUGGUGGUUUCGUUGGCGUAAGGCUUCGAUUGACCUAAGGUUUUAUGCAAAUUUUUAUAUUUUCACUAUCUCACCAGUUUUUAACUGGAACAGAAAAAGAUACAUAAAUCUAAACUAACCUAAGACCUAAACUAACUUCAUUUGAGGUCGGGCUAGUAAAAAGCCUCGACUUCGAACGGGUAUAAUUUAAACCUUUUUUUCUUUUUUUUUUCAUAUACUUUAUGUGGUGGUAAUCUCAAUCGUAUAAAAUUGUGGCUUCACUUUGAAAAUAAUAAAUCUUUCAGUUUU